GAGAAAUACCUACAAUAUAGGUUUUUGUUUCAUGAGUAUCUUCUUAAAGCAUCAUCUUAAAAUAAACCUAAAACAUAUACUUUUACUUUAUGGUAGGUCAAGAUUCACAGAGUGGUGUUCUUACCAGGGAAAAUUAGUGUUGUGUUCUGCAAGGGACCACUCGGAUUUCUCCUCCAAGAGCCGUCUGAAGAAGCCAGGCAGAUUAAGGACGACAUCACUCUGCAGAAGGAGUCUACUCCUAUGAUACAACUGCUCAACUGCAGGCAUCAUCAGUUGAUGCUCCAGCCUAACCAGGUGUGAAAAGUUUAGCAGUGCACCAGCAGAGAGCAGAUGGCCACUGAAUUGUUCCAGGCCCAGGGCAUGACCGGGGGGGCACGAUGGAACUACCAACGGCUGGUGGACCUCAAGCAGCCAGGCGUCAUACUCCCUGCUUUGCUUGAUCCAGGUUUAAUAGUGGAGUUGAACUCUGCCUCCAAGAGAGUGACUGGGCAAGACAAGUACCCUGCACUCCACCUCUCUGACACAGACACCGGAGAGGGGUUUGGACUGGAGUACCAAGAACCAGGAUGCCGUCCAGUCCCUCUGGAUUGGGGCAAACACAGAACACAAAAGAGAGAUGAACCUGCUGCUCUUAUGCCUCCGUCCCGUGUGCAGGCACCCGGUCCAGCCCAAGCCCCAGGAGUGACACCCCCCUCCAGCUGGACGCCACUCUCUGGCACACCAUCCCCUGGACCAGCACCAUCCUCCAGCUGGACACCGCUCUCUGGCACACCAUCCCCUGGACCAGCACCAUCCGUUGGCUAUCCGCUCUCUGCUGGUGCACUGCUAAAGCAGGAGAUGCCAACAGACGACCACCAGGAACCUCCUGCAGCAGUGGAACUCUCAUAUGCCCUACCCCAGCGGUCCUUGCUGAGGAGUGCCCACACUGGACCCAUUAAGUAAGGUGGACAGGUUUUUGUGUAAGACCACACACGCUGGACGCCACCCAUGAAAAAUGCUGUUGACGGCUUGAUGCAGAAAUACCAUGGGGAGAAGGACAUGCUGAAGCUUGUGGAUCAAGAUUAUGCAGACAUGGUCCAUCGGUCUGCCACCAAUCCCAACAGUUUACUGCACCCCACAACCAGGCUACACAUAUCCCGCUAUGUGAAGCACCUGGCAAAACUCCUUAACAUAAUUUCUUCUUUGAACACGAGCCAGGAAACUCUUCUGCUGACGCAACAUCUGUGGCACUCGUUAACAGAGGGUAGUGAGACGGCUACUGUUCCUGUGGUCACUAUGGGGCUGGCUACUGUCAAUCCACCUGCACCUGUCCUGUCCACACCUCUGUCACAAGAAUCAAUAGAGAAUAUUGUGGAGGGCAUCUUGGAGCAGCAGCCGCAACAGCACCAGCAGAAGAGUAGACAGACAGACCUGUCGUGCCUGUGGACAGCCCAAGUCUCAAAAAGUCUCAGACUGAUGGAUCCUCCAUCCACUUCUUCUACCACCAAGGGCCUGUGCGCUAUUUCUAUUGCUCUAAAAGGGUGCAUCAAAGUUAUGCUGAUGAGGGACUCUCAGACCCCAAAAUGCCCUUGCACAGAUAGAGUUCUUCCAGAGGGAGCUGGAGGCGACCAGGAAAUGGGUGGAGGAUAAGAGAGA